CUUGUUGUUAGCAACCGGCCGCUGUCCAGCGUUGGUCCCCGGCCGAGCUGCCUGGGGGAGGCACCCGCCAUGAAUCCGCCGGUACCCCUGGGGAUCUUGGAGGAUAAGGAGGAGGAACACUUAGCCACUCAGGUUCUCGGACCCUCGAUCAAUUCGGAUAAUCCUCAGGAGCGGAUCCAGGCCCGGCGCCUCCGCAUCGCGGCGCGCCUGGAUGCCCGGAGACGGGAAGCGCUUGGAGAAUAUUUAGAUGGGAAGAAGGAGAGUGAGGAAGAUCAAAGCAAGAGCUAUAAACAGAAAGAAGAAAGCAGACUGAAAUUGGCUAAACUGCUGCUCCACGGCACCGAGCUGGUGACAAAUAUCCAGGUGGCCACCGACAUCAGAGAGAUCCACCGGAGGGUUGAGGAAGAGGAGCUGAAGCGUCAGAGGCUUGAAAAGCUGGAGAACGAAGUCAAGACCAGCCAGGACAAAUUUGAUGAAAUCACCGCCAAGUGGGAGGAGGGCAAACACAAGAAAAUUCCCCAGGAACUGUGGGAAAUGCUCAACUCCCAGCAGGUGCACUGUGCGGGGCUGAUAGAAGAUAAGAACAAGCUUAUCAGCGAGUUACAGCAGGAGUUAAAAAUAAAGGAUGACCAGUAUGUGAAGGACUUGAAGAAGCAGUCGGAAGACAUCUGUGUGCUCCUGGAGCGGAUGGAGGAGCAAGUGAAGACUGUGAUGAAGACCUUCCGCCAGGAGCUCAACCACAUCGAGAAAGCGUUUGAGGUGGAGCGGCAGGAGCUCCUGUCCAGUAAUAAGAAGAAAUGGGAGCGGGCGCUGCAGGCUCACAACGCCAAAGAGCUGGAGUAUCUCAUGAACCGCCUCAAGAAAGUCGAGGACUAUGAGAAGCAGCUGAGCAAGCAGAGGAUAUGGGACUUCGAGGAGUACAACAUGAUUAAGAUCAAGCUGGAGCAGGAUGUGCAGAUUCUCGAGCAACAGCUUCAGCAGAUGAAAGCAACUUACCAGCUAAACCAAGAGAAGUUAGAGUACAACUUCCAGGUGCUGAAGAAGAGAGACGAAGAGAGCACGGUGAUUAAGUCGCAGCAGAAGAGGAAGAUGAACCGCCUGCAUGACGUGCUGAACAAUAUGCGGUCCAAGUACGCCAAGCAGAUAAAGCAGUUUCAGGAGGAGAACCAGUCGCUGACCGCAGACUACAAACGCCUGGUGAUACAAUUCAAGGAGCUGCAGAAAGCCAUGAGGCAUUUUGUUCUCAUCGACGAGGAGAAGUUUCGGGAGUUUUGGGUGAUGAAUGAAGAGGAAGCGAAGGGCCUGAUCAGCAGAGCCUUCGAUGUCGACAGGAUCAUCCACACGCAGCACCUGGGCCUUCCCUGGACGGCACCCGACUUGUGGUGCCUGAAGAACGUGGGGCCUCUGUUUCAGCAGCAGCAGAAGUCCGCCACACAGAUCUUAGAGGAAGUGCUGGUCCAAACAGAAGAGGAGGGGUCGGAAGAGAGUCUAGAACUAGAGUCUUACCUGGACCUGCCCAAGCAGGUUUCAGCGAGCACGACCAGAAAGAUCCUGAUGCUCCUGUGUGACGAGACGGGCUUCCUCAUCGAGAGCAAGCUGCUGAGCCUCCUGCAGCCCCUGGAGAAGAGCGAGUGCUACCUGCUGAGGCUGGACGCCGUCUUCUCCGCCCUUGGCAUUGAGAGCGAGGACGACUUAUACAAACUGGUGAAUUUCUUCCUCAGAUACCGAGCUCAGCAUCUCUCCAGCCAGGAGGGAGACAACCUGAUGCCAGCACUGGAGCCGGCAGAGCUGCCAGUCCACGAGGGGGAAGAGGAGGAGGAGGAGGAGGAGGAGGAGGAGGAGAAGAAGAAGAAGAAGGAAGAGGAGGAGAAGGAGGAGGAGGAGGAGGAAGAGGAGGAGGAGGAAAGUCUGGAGGAAGAGGAGGCGGAAAGCACUGUGGAAGAGGAGGAGGCCCCCACUUCUCCCAGGCUCAUCCACCCCAACGAUGUCCUUAAGAUUCUGGAGGCCUUUGUCAAGGGCCUGAAGAAGCCCAGGGACUAUCGGGCACCAGUGAAGUUGAAGGCCAUGCGCGAUAACUCCAAGGACUCCGACUACUGGAAGGCCCUGGCCGCGGUGAUCCCUCGCUCCAAGCAGAACCUCUGGGAUGGUCUGUACGCAGCCCUGGAGAAAUACCACCUGGUCCUGAUGCAGAGGGCGGAGCUGCUGCUGGAGUGCGACGCGCUGGAGCAGCAGAACUCGGAGCUGCAGGUGCUGCUGCAGAAGUACCUGGACUCCAAGAUAAACUCGGAACUGCAAGUUCCUCCGACGCAGGUGCUGCGGAUCUCCACGAAGUCCAGCCAGCCCUGACGUGCCGUCAGCUGGGCACCUGUGCGGGUGUGGGUGCAGGUGCGGGUGCCAGCCGCACCCAUGGCCCGGGCACCGCAGGGCGCACCCUGCCUGUCCCAGAGCUGCCGCUGAGAGGCGGCACGAGUGACCUGUGUCCUCUAUUCAUGAUUAAAGUCUU